GUAACAUAACCUUCACUCAGUGCUCGGGGAUCUAGUUCAGUCCGCAGCACUGGUCUCAUCCUAGCUGGAAGAGAAACGUCCAGUUGGGCAAGGUGACCUUUUUUUCUGAAAAAGACAUCUCCGUUGUCUUGACGUAGAGCUAGGGAGAAAGACACCUAACUACCGGCGAGAUGGUGCUGUUCGACGCGUUCCGGGGUAUCCCGGCACCAGCGCUCUACGAUGAGAUCCGCAACCCAGUCAUGGGGGAUGUGAUCGUUGUCGGCUUGCUAGUAGCCUUCGCGAUGAUCAUGGCGUCCUUCGUCAUUGGCAUCCUGCCCGGCGUGGCGGGAGGAUUGAUGAAGAAACUCUCUGUCUUCGUCCGUGCCCUCUUUGCCAGCUUUGUUGGUGCCUCCAUCCUCGUCUGCCUUUUUGGCGACGGCUGGAUGGUUGACGAAGUCACAACGUAUGUCUACUUGAAGCAGUUCAGCACCACUGAGGCACACGCAGAGGUUGGAUUCCACAUUGGCCUGCGGGGCAUGAAUAUCACUCUGAAAGGUAAACCGGAAUACCAGAGCUUUGAAGGUAACAGCACAGAACAGAUCAACUACAAUGAGCACUACGAGUUUGGUCAACUUCAGGGGCGCCUGGGCUUCGGUCCUCAAGCCGGUAUCGUCAGUCAAGAGUUCCGUUAUGCUCAACUCCGUGGAGCGCCAUUGCCCAUUCUGUGGAUUCUUGAGUACUUCACAUUGGACGGAGAGGACAUCCGCUGGGGUCGCAACUUCCGUCAGGCUGGCUAUUACUGCAAUCUAUUGAUGUGGUCAUCGUUUGCAUUCUGGAUCCUGUCCAUCCUGCUGUUCACGACGGCCAUCGCCUCCGCCUGUUUCCUGCUCGGCAUCACCGGCCUGCUGCAGAUCAUCGGCGCCGGCGUGUACGCUGGCAUGCGUGACCAGCACGGCCCGCCGCUCAUCAUACCCAUCGCCCAGGGCGCCCUCAUGGAGCCGCACUACGGCUGGUCGUUCAUCCUGACGCUCUUCACGGGCAUCCUGUGCGUUCUGACUGCCACUGUCAUCUACUACAUGUACCUGCGCUACCCGGAGCUGCUCUACGAGUUCUUCGACAACGACCUGCUGGAGGAGGAGGACUACCUGGAGGUGCAGCGCACCAUCGACGACAAGGACGGCUACGCCAACACGUGGGACAAGCAGGACCAGCAGCAGCAGCAGGGCGGCAUCUCGGCCAGCGGUGACAUCGUCAAGGUGCCGCUGACCGGCGGCGUGGGCGCUAACGGAUCCUCCGGCACUGGCGCCGCUGGCGAUCCGGAGGCCGGCAAGGCCGAUGAGGCCACCUACCUGCGCAAGUCGCGCCGCUCCAAGCGCGUGCGCAAUAAGGCCUCGUCGAAGCGCAACCAGGCGCGCCCCAACCUGGGCGCCGUCACCGAGGAAGAGGAAGAGGGAGGUGCCGCCGGCCAGAACGGUGACAUGGAGAUGCGGACUGUGAACAAGGUGUCACUCUCCGACGCACUGCGCUCCAGCAUCAAGCGCAAGAAGAAGGAGCAGCCCGAGGAGGAGACGGCCAUCAACGAGGCAAUGGAAGGUGCCGAGGAGACCGACAGCAGAGGGCAGCCGGAGGAGGUGUGAGCAACGACAGCAGCAGCAGUAGCAGUAGCAGUUAUGCAUUUGGAUCAGCAUCGGCCGCUAACAAACGCCCACACAUUGCAUCCACGCACACACGCGCACACAAACAUCCGUUAGCAAACAUCUGCCACACGUCUUGCCCCCGAUCUGUUAGUCUGCAGUUUGUUGGCAGUUGAAUGACUGCUGGUUAAUUCACCUAUAAAGGAACAUACGAGAUGCAAUUAAUAAGCCAUGUUGCCGGUGCCUACAUAUUCUUCUUGUUCUGCAGCUUGCUCUUUCUUUUCCCUUGCUGCCAUACCCAAGCUCUUCCUAGUCUAAAUAAUAUUGUUGUUGUUUUUGACACCUAAUCCUUCUUGUGCACCAUUGCUAAUUACUUACUACUGCAUACAGAA